AUGGAACCAAGUAAUAGACUUAUUCCUCCUCAUCUAAAUGCCGAAACAUAUAGAAUGGAGACCUCUGGAACAUAUACACAUGCUUACUUGGAUUUUGUCCGUGUUCAUAAAGAUGGACAUAUAUUAGUAGGUUGUUCAGAACUGACCGGUCGAUAUUGGAAUGGAGGUGCUUGUAUUUUACCAAAUGAUCAGGAAAGUGAUUUUCAAAAGACAAAUUUCAAGCGUGACAUAAACUUGGCAAGUACAACUGCUGAUGGUUGCUUCUCAGGAAGCUCAGACAAGGUUAUAUUAUGUGAAGAUACAGGUGCAAUAAGUAUUUGGUCAAAGAGUGAAGAUGCAUGGUCAACUUGGAAAGAAGAUUUAUCAGUAGCAGAACAUGAUGGCCCAGCACUUGUUAUAGAAUGUCUUGAUUCCGACAGGCUGUAUGUGUCAGCUGGUGGGGAUGGUAAUGUGAAGGUAUGGGACAUUCGGGACAAUAUGAUAUGUUUACGUAACUACAAUUCAGCACAUAGCAUGCAAGUUAAUACUAUAGGAGUGAAGCCAAUGUCACAAAAACAUUUUGUAACAGGUUCUCUAGACGGCUUUAUUUCGGUGUGGGAUGAACACACAAACAAGCCUGUUUAUGAUGUUAUUGAAAACAACUGUGGGGUUCGAUGUCUCCUGUGGAUCGAAGAAAAUAAAUUAUUAUUUGGAGAUGAAUCUGGUCAACUCUCUCUAAUUGAUCUAAGGGAUUCUAAAAGUGUAAUAAAGUUACAUGAAUUUCCUGCACCUGUUCAUAGAAUUGCUUUUAAUCCGAGAUCAAGUAACAUUGCAGUUUGCUGUGAUAACCAAAUACUUUCAGUGUUUCAUAUUGAUGGUGAAAAACUCAAUCUUGUGUAUGAGCGUAAAGCGCAUCAAGAUUGUAUAAGGGGUCUGGCUUGGGAUGAAUCUGAGCUCAAUGCCUUACACACUGUAGGGUGGGAUGGUGAACUUAAAAAACAUAUUAUUAAUGAAUAA